UAUUAUAGUGGUUCAGUUAAAUCAUUUGAAUACAUCCACUCUUCUGUUUGAAAUGUACUGACUCCCCACUCACUAUCAGUCACUUCCUACUGCUUUUUGAAAUUCAUUUGGGGGAAGGAUUUAGGCGUCUGCUGAGAGACUUGUGUUCCUCUCUCUCAGCCUGAGGCUGAGUUGGUCUUCAGAGUCAAUACAAAUAGAAAGCAUGAUGUUUGACUUUCCCCCUUUCUGUCUCUCUCUCUCACACACGCAUGCCCUCACACACACACACACACACACACACACACAGCCUUGUGUGCAGCGGUGGAUUGAUUCGAAGGGGGCAAUGUUGUGAUUACUUAAUGGCUUCCCAGACAGCCACAGGCCUGGAGAAUUCAAUUUAGCGUCUGCUUCUCCAAGUGUUAAUCUCUUCUCCUCACAGCCUGGCCCUAGUUAUGAUGUGCGCGCUGGAGAUAGUGUUUAAGCCCCGGCAGAGCAAACCAAAGCAGACAAGUCACUUAUUGGCUCCAUAAUUACAUAAUUAACUUUUUGUCUCUAAUCGUUACGAGGGUAAUGGCUGUGAUAAAAUGGCCCUCAGCCAGGCAGAAAGCAAAUCAAAAAUCAAUAAUCCAUAGAGUGGCAUCAAGAGGAGAGCAUUAGACAAGGUUCUGCUUGUGCUUUGCUGGAGGUGGUUUAAGGCUUUUGUGGACUUUCUGGUAAUGAAAUUCAUAUGAGUGUAUGUAGGUUUUUAUUCCCUUUAGGUUAGUUUUCAGCUGGUGUUACAAAAGAGGCUCUGUCAUUUAAGGGACCUGGAUUGAAGGACUGUAGACAAUGUAGAGUGCAUUUGAUAGUCUUGAUAAUCCAUUAAAUAGAUCUGUGUUGGUUUUUGUAAUGUGAUUGAGCUUAGUCGAUCAUUUCUGAAAAAGAUGAAUGCACUAUGACAUCUCGUCUUCUCUCCCAACUUCUUUGACACAUACACAUCUUGGUCCCAAAAAAGCAUGUAAGUAAAAAUAAAAUAAAAUAAAGAAUUGUGAGUACACAGUAUUUGUAAAGCCUAAUCCAAACAUCUUAUUUGUUUUUAUUGAAUGUAAACAUUGCAUCCAUUAAUAUGGCUUUUCCAAUGUAAAUUCACCUGGUUGAAGUGUGGAAUUGACGCUUUGUCUCUGAUUGUGUCUGUUAUUCCUUGUUACCUGGAUUCGUUCCUGCCUGGUGAUCCUCCCACAACAUGGGGAUGUUCUAUGAAGGGGGGCUACACAGCGCUCCACCUGGCUUCUAUUCAUGGUCAUCUCCACGUCAUUCAUCUCCUAAUCAACAACUACAAUGCCAAGACUAACAUCCGAGACUACCAUGGUAAGAUGGCUGCCCACUAUUGGAGUGGCAGCACCGAUGUCUUCAAUAAACCAGGGUCCCAGUCAGGUGGUAAGGGGUCCAGAGGACGUAGGAUGCAGCAUUACGUCCUACCUUCUCUCCUCCUCUCCCGCUCCAGAAGCCAGGAACAAAUCAAGCUCGAGUUCGGAACUGUGCCAAUAGGCCAGCCACGCUCGCCUUUGUGACAAUUCAUCUUCACAGUUUCACGUUAUGUUUAGCGUAUUUAAGACCAAUUUGAUUGUUAUGCAAAGAAAGACAUCUGAUUGUUUUUCCACCAUGUUGCGAUGUGAAAUCUAUGUAGUUAAGUAAUGUUGUAGUACGUGUCUUGUUUUCUCUAAUUCACAGGCAGACGGUUGAUUGCUGACUCUUAGUGAUUAGUGCUGACUAGUUCUCUGCGUUUGUUGUGUGUCUGUGAUGUAGAAUUUUAACUUUAAAAAGUAUUCCCAGGACACCUACCUAGUUGUAUGCUUUGCUUUGAUUCAGAGAUUAUAAAAAGCUUUGUUUCUCCGAGUUUCUCAGGAUUAUAAACGGCAACACUAA